AUGCCCUGGUUGUGGUUGUGGUCCAGCUGCUGCUUUCGUAAAUGUUCAUGUUUGGCAGACUGGAGGCACAUGGUGAUCAUCUCAGCGCACGCCAGCAUCGUGUGUUUGUUUGGCUUUUUCUUUCCUGGUGUUAUUCUCUGUAUGUGGAUGAGGAGCUCUGUCCUUGUCAGCGCGGGAUGGACGAGCAGAGAGAAGGAGGAUGAGGAGGAGGAGGAAGAAGAGGAGGAGGAUGGAGCUCGCGCUGCUGAUGACGCUGCGUCCUUCGACAGCCACGACAGCGCGCAGACCCCGCCUCUGAUCCACCCACACGUGCUGGACGCCCGCACUGCGCCCCCUGCUGGAGCACAGUAG